GUUUGUAGCAAUUUUCGUUUCAAGCAGAUUGGCAUAUACAGUAUCUGGCUAUGACACAAAACAUGGACACAUUCAAGUGAUGCAGAAUCAUUCGGGGAUAAGAAAGUGCGCCGAUGCCGUUCUGAUGAAGAACGAAUAUGUUGGUGGUCGUGUAUCUCAGCUGACAGGUGAAUGCUAUGGCUUACCACAUGCCUGGGGAAUGAAUCAAACAUAUGAGAGUGGAUAUGCAUACUUCAAGAAGGAGUUCGUGCAGGACAACUUUGAACCGGCGCGUAAGGUUGUUAAAAGUGAACCAGUACUAUGGGCGAUUCCUGGUGUGUUGCAUACCGGUGCACAAUUGGAUCUGGUUAUAACGGAUGCGAGUAAAAUUGUAGAAAUUGUUCUGACUGAGACGCAUGAGGGUUUCACAAACAGAAGCAACACAUUGACGAUGAGGAGAAGAGGGCAAGUUAUCCAUGUUACCGAAAAUGUCAUCUACACGGAUGGCAUAUUCCGACCCCAGCCGCUUGGAAAAUACUUUUUGACGCCUGAAACUUCAAAAGAAAUGUAUAAAAUUUCAUUUCAAUCCCAGUCUGAUGCAGUUAAGAUACUAUUUGACGACAAAGAUGUUACAGUAGAAACAACAGAAACGUUCAAACCUUUGCGCUUUAUUGAAAAAAGGCAGAUCUAUGUGAGCAGAUCGGACACUGAAGGCGAUCCUGUCUCGGUUCACCGAUAUCAGUUCAGAGCAAACUGAAUUGGCAUAACAACUGGAAAACUGAAAAAUUUUCGAAUUAGUAGAGACCUGAUGCCUAUUUCCUCGUUGCUUCUGUAUGUCAAUGUGCUAGUUUGUCUGUUAUUAUAUGAAUAUCAUGUAUUGAAAUGUCCUCAAACGAAACUUUUUUAUUAAUAGUUAGUUAAUUUUCUGAUUGUGAACUGUUUCUUCAAGUACACUUAUUAUUGAUAAUAAGCAAAAUCCAUAUUGUCUGAAGAGGCUUGUCUUGAGUUGAUGUUAUAAGUGAUUUUGGACAAACCCAUUUUUAACUAACACUUUUCAUGCAGUAUGUUUUAUGUGCUGUUUUUACGCAUUGCUGUAUAAUAACAAUUCAUGAAAGCAAAAAAAAAUACAAUCAUUAAAUCUUAACAAAAGGGCAUUAAUACAACCAAAAAUGAAAUAAUAAAUGAUGCUACGUUAAGAAAAAAAUAAGUUAUGGCAUUUUAAAUUACAGUAUUUGAACUUUGGAACUUUGACAAGUUCAAAGCCGUACGCUAGAGUCUCUUUAUAUGAGAUGGGCGAAACUUUUCUCAGUAACAGAAUUUCUUCAAACUUUGGAUAUUGAUUGACAAUCAUCUAAGAAACAAAGAUAUGCAAUAAAAGUUAUGGGUCACGAUAACAGACUUUGGCAUACGCCUUUUAUGAGAUAUCUGGAAGCUGUUCCGUGUUAUAUAGAGAGUGUUUAUUGAUAAUACUGGCAUAUAACAAUGAACAUUUUAACUGUUUAAAAGUAGUAAACAUAUCAUCUUUAUUUUAAAACUACACUAUAAUGCGAAUAAAUAAUGGGCAAUUCUUUUCAAAUAUACUUCAGUAACAAGACACGAUCAUAAAGAAAAACACUCACCCUUAAUGAAAUAUAAAGAAUUAAAAAAAUUCUUAGAUCUUAUGUAACAUCUUUUCAACAUUAAUAUCAUGAUGUUACGGUACUGUGACGAGAUGACGUAUUGCACGAAAAUUUGUGUAGGUAAAGUCGGUAUUAUUCGAUAAAAAAUAAAACCAAUAGAAAUCAAACAAAAAAAGGAAAAUGUGAUUGUUUUACGAUCGAAAUAUAUUUCAAUGGUAAACACCGUUUUUCACAUGUGCUAAUUUCUAUUGGAAUGGCAUUCGACCAGUGAUAAUGGUUAUGGAAAAAAGCUAACAGAGAGUUCUUGCUAGCUCCUUUGAGAUUUCCUGCAGGAUCCUGUUAUUGACAUUAUCAAGCCCUACAACUUUACCUACUGAGAGUGAUUUAAGUGAUUUUAUUACUUCUUCUUCCGCUGUGUUGUUGAUAAAGUCAUUUUGGAUGAGUUGUAUCAGUUUAAAUGUGUGGUUUGCUAUUUUUGUUAUUAUCGUAUAAAAAUGUUUGAUACAAAAAAAAAAUAAGUAGAUUUGCUUUAUCUGUAUCUGCUGUUACUGAAAUACAAGUAUCAUUUACUGUUGGAACAGAUGUUUUCUCUGAUGAUGAUAUGAAUUGUUUUAGUAUCUUUCAAUUGUCGGAGGUUGUAACGCUUUCAUUUUGUAAUAGUUUUUGCGAACGUUGACCUUUUGCGUUUCGUAAUUAUUGUGUAGUUUUGUUUCUUAUCUGUAUGUAACUGAUCCUGUUCAAGUGAUUUUCACUUUGAGUACGUUAGGCCAUUUCAUAUGCACUCUUUCUCUUCCUUAUAUGUUAUUUUAUGUCGUUAUGCGUCCAUGGAGGGUCCGAUUAUUUUCAUUUUUACCAUUUUCUUAGGAAUGUCCUUUUGAUAUGAAUCAUUAAUAUUUCCCACGUUUGUAUCUAUAUCAUCAUCAGCUAACAGAGGCUACUUCUCGCCUCAUGUUGCCAUAACACCUCCCCCCACACUGAUCGAAUUUCUAUAUAUUUCGCUUAUACUUUUUCAGUCAUGUUUUGAACAAUUAAUAUAAUAUUUUGGCCAACGAAUGGCUCUUCUACUCCUGAUACGUAACCCCAUACAUGCAGAAGAUACCAAAAAGUGAUCGAUAAAAGAGUGAGACAUGUUUCAGUGAAUUUGGUUGGCUCAUUUAUGAUCUGAUUCAUGGUGUAUUGAGUAGUCGUUUAUUUUUCUAUAUGUGUGUCGGUUUUGGCAUAUCUAGAUUAAUGUCACCUCUUUGAUGAUUACACUGAAAAUGUUUGUGUCAAAAGGGUGGCAUAGUUUUUUUUUAUAAAUUGACGAAAGAACAUGGGAAUGGCUUUUUAUUUAAUUCAUGAAAUUAUUCAAACCCUUUUCCAGGCAUAUUUAAGUGUAAUCAAUAUUUUUCAAAUUAGCACUUCAUUUUGAACAAAAUUAAUGGUCUGAAACUACAUCAUCACUAUUUCAGUUCGACUUUGCCCUUAGAAUGCACCAACAUUGUUCAAAGAUAUACCAGAAAUUAAAUAUACAGUUUGUGGAAAAAGGUUGCUAAAUUUCAUUUGAGGUAUUUACAGACUAAACCCGGGUUUUUUGUGUACAUUAUUAUGUCGUGAUAUGUUUGACCGUAGUUGUCUUGUCAAGGGUUUCUUAUUUUAUAAUGCUGGAUUCUUUGAAAAUGUAAUGUAAGUUAACAGUUCAGUAAUAUUCGAAUCAUUUUGCGAGAAUUUUUGUACUGUAGUUAAGUUAAAUUCAAACUGGAAAAGUGUAUAUCUUUGAAGUUAGUUUCCCGACUCCAGGAGGUAGGAUGUAAAUAGUGUCUUUCGGUGGUUUAAGUGAGAAAAUUGUGUUUAUCUGGUAAAUAUGACGGAUUUUGUUGACAAAUCAUCACCCUAGGGCGGAUAUAUUGCCAAGUAUGUGGGUUUUUCUUUCACUUUGGAAACAUUGCAUGCGUGCAUUCUGUGACCACGCUAUUUUUCUCCGCCCGACAAUUGACCCUAAGUCUGUGUCUGACGCCAUGUAAACGUUAUUAAACGCUUUAUACGGGGAUAAAUAGCUAAGGUCCUGCUCAAGUCCACUUUUCCAGCGUUUUUUUUUUGUAAAAACAGUACACCUUCGACCAAACGUAUGAUAGCCAAGACUGUAUAAUUAUUCAUUCUUAGGACUGCGUAGCACAAGUGCAAGAACCUUUUAACUUAAACCAUCGAAAGACACCAUUUACGUCCUACCACAUGCGACUCUAAAGAAUUGCCAUACAGACAACAAUAUAUUGUAUUAAAACACUAUACGGAGUAUAGGGAGAUUCGUGUGUUUUUUGUUGUUGUUUUUUUGUUGUUGUUUUUGUUGUUGUUGUUUUUUUUUUAAUUUCAGAUAUCUUUGGAAUAUAAGUUCUAUUGUACACAUUAGAAAAAAAAGGCAAACAGCAGAAAACUGUCAUGGUUUUCUGAAUAAAGUCAUAAUGUUACAUGCAGUUACCUGACAAUAUUGCGAACAAGAAAAAUAUGCAACAAAAAGGCCAAAUAAAAUAAUUUUGUUAUUCAAUAGGUGGCAAAUUCCCCAGUCAUCUUCAAAGAGAGAAGUUGUAAAGAACUAUUUUAAUUUCAAUUUCAUGUACUAUUCUUGACUAUCUUAUGGCAAUUUCGAUGCACAAAUGACUUCUCAAGGUUUAACUUGCAUCAGCCAUACAACAUGAAAAACGUUAUUUCUGAGAAGUGAGAUGGAUUGUAAUCUUACUAUUUUAAAAGAAUGUUUCUGUACCUAUUAUGCUUACUUAACAUGUAAACAUGAGUAAGCAAUCACAGAAAACCUAUGUCUUUCUUUUAUUUAUUUUUAUGAGUCAAUAAAAGUGUUGUAAACGAAAUGUGAA